GAAGACCAGAGGGCAACAGCAAAGCAAAAUUAGUGGAGAAAGGACAGAUGCUGCAUGUGGGAGUUCCUUAAUAAAAACUGAUCGAAUUGGGGAAAAAAGAGUUGUUUGUACGUUUGAGUAAAUUUGAAGAAAUGGAUAGAGUCGAAGAAAUGUUAGGUGAAGUGAGAACAACAUUCAAGGGAGGAAGAACAAGAGGGGUUGAAUGGAGGAAAGCUCAGCUUCAAGCCCUUCUCAAACUCCUUGCUGAAAAUGAAGAUAAAAUUUUCGAAGCACUCAGACAGGAUCUUGGAAAGCAUCCUGUUGAAGCUUACCGUGAUGAAGUUGGGGUGGUGAAGAAAUCAGCUACCAAUGCUUUCCGCAGUGUUGAGAAGUGGAUGGCCCCUCAAAAGGGCCGGAUACCAUUAGUUUUCUUUCCUGCAAGAGGGGCAGUAGUAUCAGAGCCACUUGGAGUAGUACUCAUAUUUGCAUCCUGGAAUUUUCCCAUCUCCCUAGCAUUAGACCCAGUGAUUGGAGCAAUUUCGGCUGGAAACGCAGUUGUCCUCAAACCUUCAGAUGUAGCACCAAAAUGCUCCUCUUUUCUAGCCAAUACAAUACCUCUUUACUUGGAUCCAGAAGCUAUUAAAGUUGUCGAAGGUGGAAAAGACAUAUCAGAACAGCUAUUGCAGCUAAAAUGGGAUAAGAUAUUUUUUACAGGUAGUCCACAAGUUGCGCGCCUCAUAAUGUCAGCAGCUGCGAAGCACUUAACACCUGUAACUCUAGAACUGGGUGGAAAAUGUCCGACCAUCCUUGACACUCUAUCAAAUUCCUCCGAUUUACAGGUGGCUGUCAAAAGGAUAGCGGGUGGCAAGUGGGGACCAUGCAACGGACAAGCAUGCAUAGGAAUCGAUUAUGUGCUCGUGGAAACACAAUUUGCUUCAGUUCUGAUCGAACUAUUGAAGAAGUUCAUCAAGAAAUUUUAUGGUGAAAACCUGAAAACUUUGGAAAAUCUCGCCAGAAUCGUGAACAAACACCACUUCAAAAGAGUACAUAACCUUCUGAAAGAUCCGAAUGUUGCAGCAACCGUUGUUUAUGGAGGCUCAGUAGAUGAGGAAAAUAUGGUUAUUGAGCCAACAAUCUUGUUGAAUCCUCCCUUGGAUGCUGAGAUCAUGACUGAAGAAAUAUUUGGCCCGUUGCUUCCGAUCAUCACACUGAAUAAUAUUGAAGAAAGCAUUCAGUUCAUAAACUCGAGGCCAAAACCUCUCGCAAUAUAUGCAUUUACCAAGAAUGAUUCGUUAAAGGAGAAGAUCUUGCAGGAAACAUCUUCUGGAAGUCUGACUUUCAAUGAUGCUAUAGUUCAGUUUUUAGCUGACACAUUACCAUUCGGAGGCGUUGGUCAGAGUGGGUUCGGACGUUACCAUGGGAAGUUCUCUUUUGAUACAUUCAGUCAUGAAAAAGCAGUUUUACAUAGGAGCUUCUUAAUUGAGUUGGAACCAAGGUAUCCUCCAUGGAAUGAUUUCAAGAUGGACUUUGUCAGAUUGGCUUACGAUUUUGACUAUGUUGGUCUUGUCCUACUCUUGCUGGGGUUGAGAGGAUUAUUCAGAAGAAACCCAAGGCAGUAGAAGAUGAAAUCUUCUCAGUCAAAUAAGGGUAAUCCAUCAAACAAAGUGCCUUAACCAAUCAUAAAGAAAAGCUAAAAUGUUGUCACUUGCUUACCCCUAUGGGAAGUUGGUUUUUAAAACUAAUUUACAAUUUUCCUUUGUUUUCCAGAAAUCUAUUGAAGUGGUUUUAUUUGCCUCUCUACUUGCCUAUCAAGCAUAUAAUAGACAUAAGUAAAUUAAGUGAUUGUUCAGUAAACAAUGAUAUAGGCUUUUGAAUUGCUUUCGCUCUUUAUUUUUUUGGCUAAGACAAACUACUAAAGCAAUUUACAGUAAAGUUACCUACUA